GAGACCUGCUGCGGAGUGGGUGCGAGGGAGUGGGUGCGGUCAGCGUGGCGCAGCGGCAAGGGUUGGGAGUCACCGCCUUGCACCCCGUGGGCCCGCUGCGCAGACCCGGAGCCCCGCUUGCGGGUGGCUUUGCUGUGGCUUGGGCUCCGCGCUGCUUCCCCCUUUCUCCCCAGACGCGCAGGUCCUCUGUGGCCCGGGACCCCGCGAGUGGUGACACGGGGCGCGCUUUCACAGAGCCCGGGGCUCGCGAUGCCGCUUGGCCUGGCCGCCCCCGUCGAGCGCCACGCCGGGGACCCAGCCCACGUCUGAGCGGCACCGGCUGCGCGCCGGCUGCGGGGGCUCCACAGCAGGACCCUGAGUCAGCCUCUCUUCUAACUGCCAAAUUCUGCUGCUGCAGUGUCCCCUGCCUGGACCUGUCCCUGUACCACCUCUCAGCAGGGAGCGCAGGAAUGAAGGAAGGCAUGUCUAAUAACAGCACCACCAGCAUCUCCCAGGCCAGGAAAGCUGUAGAGCAGCUGAAGAUGGAAGCCUGCAUGGACAGGGUGAAGGUCUCCCAGGCUGCCUCGGACCUCCUGGCCUACUGUGAAGCCCACGUGCGGGAGGAUCCUCUCAUCAUCCCUGUGCCUGCCUCAGAAAACCCCUUCCGGGAGAAGAAGUUCUUCUGCACCAUUCUUUAACACCCAUGGCCAUGAAGCAGGCCCUGUCCUGCCAUAAAAGUUUGAGUAGAGACCAUGCAUGCUCCCAUGUAGAGGCAUGCCUCCCACAACACCCCGUCUCUGCCCAACCAGUCAUGAUCUGGGCUCAUCUCCUUUCAUCAUAUUUCCUUCUUAACAUUGUUUCCUCUUCCUUUUUUGUUUCACUUUUCUUAUCUCCAUAGAGAAAACAGACACUUUUAUACCCAAAUAACAAAUGUGCCAUACAAAAGUGUAGAUUUAAAGGUCUGCAAUUUUUAAACAUUCCCAGCCAUAAAUAUAACCAGUUAAUAAAUUUUAGUGGGUAAUUCAUUGAAGUCAAAACCAUGCACAAGUGUCUCCCAUGCACAGUAAUUCAGUAGCAGAUGAGAGCAUGUCAGUCAGACACAUGUGAUGGUGGGGUCUUUCUCCUCUGGCAUCUCUAUCAUAGAAGCCUUCAGGGCCCAUGUGGCUAGGUCCUGUAAAUGACUAAUAUCUCUACCUGUUUAUCACUGAGCAUUCCAAAGCUGAUGCGUCUGAGAAUACAUUUGUAGUGUAGACACUGAAGCAGCCUUGACUGUAGAUACUCACCAGACAGCCCCACUGGGCCAUCUUCUCAAUCCAAAUGCCCCGCCCUCCUUGCUUGCUCCCUACUUGGUGUUUCUGGUAAGGCAAGGAGUCUGACAACAUGAACGUGUUGUUGAACUGUAGUCUGGCACAGUUAUCCCUGAAAAUGAUGUCACCAGGCCACUCACUGAUCUGAGAAGUUAUGGGCAUCAACAUAUUUAACCUGGCAAUAAAUACUCCAAGUAUAGGUCUGUUUUUAGAGAGGGAAUAUCCCAGGCAUAGAGAAAUGACAUUUGCUGAAAGCUGUAGACAGAAAGUAGGCACACCAAGUCUUCACAUGUGGGUAGUCCAUCCUUAAAGCCCUCACUGAAGCCCUGAACUGUGGCCACCUGUUGCAAGUGUGCAGAUUCACAAACAGUCCUAACUACACGUUAGGAAUGAAACAAACACAUGUUCACACUAACUGGAUGUACACCCCUCUCCCACCUUCUCAAGAGAAGAGUCCCAAGCCUAGAUUAUGGCAGUCUGUGAUAGAUGAUAUAUAGGUGCCCCAAGACCAGAUAGCAGUAAGCCUUGAGAUUUUCCAAGACAAGGUUGUUGUCCUUAUCUAAGGCACCCCCAUACUCUCCUGAUGGAGGCAGUAACCACAGUUGCUGAGGGCUCGGUGAGGACAUUUGUUGUGUAGAUAUUUGGAAACUGCUUCUCCUAUGUUCUCCUCUGGAUCUCAAAGAGGCUUGCUGUGUGCUGCUGACAAGCCAUUGUGUGCCAAGCUGUUCAAACCAGCAAAUUGCAGCCAGUUAAUUACCCCUCUUGCUCUUCUGCCAGGGAAGAAAGCAAAUAAAGCUCUGAUUAUCCUUGAAAGCCAAUAUGUGCUGGAUGAUAACCUGUAAUGUUGUGGAGAGUGUAUGACCUCAUAGACAUCACGGUUCUGAGAUGAGUGUAAAAUGGCCUCCGAGUGACUCUCAUUUUUAGAUUGGUUUGUGCCUUGCUACCUUCUCUUGCAGCUUUUGUGCAAACUGUCCUUAGUUUCACUACUGGACAUUAGAGGAGAGGCAAAUCCUCUGGUUUUGUUGGGCUGUAACAAGAUCUCUUUAUUCUGUGGCUCAUGUUGGCAUUAUUAAUCCAUAGAGUAGAACAUAGUCCCCAAAAGCCAAGGAAGUGUGGCAACACCUGCAGUGCAAAAUCAGGUCAAGAGAACAGUGUGCUUUAAUAGCCUACCCGACUGUCUCUGCUUUCCUGCCUCCAUUUCCAACCAUCUUUCUUACAUUCUCCUGUGGAUGGCGUGUCCACCAGUAACUGUCCUGGGAUGAUUCCCCCUCUGCCCCGCCACUCUGCUCCUUAGACCCAUUAGGCUUUCUGACCCCCAACAUCUUUCUACUUAUUCCUAGAUUUUUGUUAAUUCUUGGAGUCUUGUGAUCAACACUGUAAACUCAUUAUUCCACAAAAUAUCCUCAUUUGGAUGUAAAUAUUUCGUGAGAAGACAACUCCACCCCUGAGUAUGUACUCAACAGAAAUGUGUACAUAUUGUCAGAAGAAAUGUACUAGAAUGUCCACAGAAGUAUUGUUCACUGUAACCCUAACCAGAAGGAGCCCCUUAUGCCCAUGUUGAAGGGAUAAGCAGAUAAGAGUCAUUAAUGAAGCAGUGGAUUCUCAGCUUCACCCACAGCUUGGUUCGAAUCUUGCUGUCCUGAGGGACUGAGAGCAGGGACGUCCAAGCUACAGAUCCAUUUCCAUACAGAACAGGCCUGGCAGGCCAACCCAUGCUGAUUGAAUGAGGGGCAGUAGCUGUUCUCAAAGGAGCAACAGAGAUGGAACACAAAAGACUUCUGGGGGCUGGGGAUUUAGCUCAGUGGUAGAGCGCUUGCCUAGGAAGCGCAAGGCCCUGGGUUCGGUCCCCAGCUCCGAAAAAAAAAAAAAAUGAAGUGAAGACUUCUGGAAUCUUCUGUCUCUGGAUCUAACUGUGAGUCACACUGAGAUGUUUAGUUUGUGGAAGUUCUCCAACUGUCCAUUUUUGGGUGCUUUUCUGUAUGUGUGUUAUACUUCAAUAAAACACUGGACUUUGUGACUACCAA